GGGUCACUGCAGUCCGUAUCUUAUGCCUCACCACUGGAAGGAAAAAUGGAGGUGCCCUCAGCAUGCUGAGCCUGCGGAAAUCUCGAGGACGAACAAGUCGAGAAACUUGCACGCGCCAAGCUGCAGGUUGCUGCAGGAGAUGGGUGCAAGUAUGAUGACCCUCUUGGACCAUAAACUUCCGUACCGACCGGUGAAGCAGCCACAGAAAUGGACAAAAUCCUCUUCAGAUGUAUCCAAAUUCCAAUGCUUCUUCUUCCUUCGGUAAAAUAGAGAAGUGAAUAAACUCACUGCAGUCGAGUAGAGUCGAGAGAGCCCAAUUAGGUGUAGUCUGAGAUGAGCAAAAGUCAAUGAUCAUCGCUGUUUUUUGCUUUGUUUUCAUCUCACCGAGAAUCCAAUGUCAGAUUGAUGGAAGACGGACAGCUCAUGAAAGGCGUGUAAGGUACGGUGUCGUGGAUUCUUCGCUAGUCUACUCUUUUUCUUUCUUGGAUUUUUGUGCUGGUGGAAAAGACAUUGCAUGAUUGAGCUCAUCGAGUAUCUUCGAACGAUCCGAGAUGCUUCUUCGUGAUGUCACCCUGUCGACUCGCCCGUUCUCCUUCCCCCCCCCAAACAUCGAGCUCUUACAGGUACUUGAGAAUCUUGGAAUGGGAGGGAUUCGAGGUAACUGCUGUCGGUAAUCGAAGCAGAGCAAUAAUGUUUCCUGGUGGAUCCAAGCUUUAAGCGCUAGAUCGUGAGAUUUGCUGCGACAGGAACGUAGAUUCGGAAGGCUCAGGAUGUUUGAUGGGAGCGUGGCAUUGUCAUACAGCGCUGUGAACUUUCCUAUCCACGUCGUGGAGGAGCUGAACAAGCACCGGAUCCAUUUUAGAUCUCGGCCAUCUUCUACCUCUUCUCUUGCUCCGAAACCAGCUUCUACAUCGUCCACCUCUGGGAAGCCUGAGCCGGUUUCGUCUCCUUCGGGGAAUGGGUACAACGGUCCUUUCCUGGACUUGUCUAACACUGUGGGUGUCCUGGGUGGGGUUUCAGCUGCUUCCACCCUCAGGUUCUUGGAGAAGCUCGUCCAAUGGAGCUCCUCGGAUGGGCAGGAGACUCCCCCUUUUGUCGUUUGCAAUGACCCUGUGCUGAACCGAGAGCUCGCUCUGCAUCAGAGCGGUUGGGACUGCUGCACGCAAUCUGCUGGUUCUAUUGUCGUGGAGAAUCUCCGUCGGGAGAGGGUCUUCCUGGAGAGGGCUGGAGCUCGUUGCAUCGCUAUGCCGUGCCACGUCGCGCACGCUUGGCGCGAUGAGAUCGCCGAGGGGUGCUCUGUGCCACUCCUCGACGCCGGUGACUGUGUCGCCAAGGAACUGAAAGCAGCAAACCUGAAGCCGGUUGAAAUGGGAAGCAACGCUCGCAUAGGAAUUCUGGCCAUGGACGCAUUAAUCGUGGCUCGGCUGUAUCAGCAAAAACUUGAAAACCAGGGUUUCGAGGUGCUGCUACCCGACAAAGCAACCAUGGAGCACAUUGUCAUCCCUGCAAGGGAGGCAUUCGACAGGGAAGACAUGGAAGGUGCAAGAAAUCUGUUGAGGAUAUCGAUUCAAGUUCUUCUGGUGAGGGCUGUCAGUAGCAUUAUUCUUGUCUCUGAUUACAUGCAUGGACUCUUACCCGCGGACGACCCACUGCUGGGGAAAUGUGUUGACCCCAUGGAUGCUUUGGUCAGAGCCACUGUACUCUGGGCUACAUCAACCGAAGAAGACAAACAGUAAGUGCAGAUGAUACAAGUGUCUUCGGAAGUGCAUUGUGCAUAUAGAAUGCCAGUUUAUGAUAUGGCCUGUUAGCACAAUAAACAUAAGAUAUUGCUUCAGAUUGUAACUGCAAAAUAUGCUAUUAAAUUAUGCACUUGUAAACAUAAAUGUGAUUUUUGUUUGUCAAACUACAACAAUGCAGUCAGAAAGAGAUGAACAGAUGCACUGUUUAUGUGUAUUAA